AUGUACGUUGUUUUCUUUGUAGGACAAAAUGUUGGUCAAGGUGAGAUUUGGUUCAAGUCAGAAGUAUGUGAAGGUGGCAGAGACCGAAGAAGGCUAUGAAGACUACAAUACAUUUAUUCAGAAAGUAAUAGGAAAAUUAGGUCUUCCUGUACAGACAGAGUUGCACUUGACAGAUAAAUCAGGGACAGAGGUGGAUGCAGAUGUGUUUGAGGAACUUUUACAAGCAGGGGACCUUACCAUCAAUGUGUCGACAGAAAAGUCUACAGUUGUGCUUCAACAAGAUCUAGCAGAAAGUUCUUUUGAGUUGAAUGUGUCGGACACCUUAUCCUCUGUGCCAUCUGAUGCAACAAUAAUUCUUGAGAAAGAUAGUGGAGUGAAAAGGACCCAUGCCGAUCGGGAAUCAGCAGAAGCGAUGGUGAGAGAUAUUCUUCAGUCCAAGCCAGGGGGAGAAAAAGUGUUGCAUGAAUAUGGCAAAACGAAGACACUGACGGAUGGUACACGGCGACAUAUGAUAAACCUACUGGUGGCUGACAUGAUUGAAGUUCAUGGGAGGAUCCCACCAACCUAUGUGCGAACAAAAUACGCUUUUGGCAUCAUCACCCUAUUUCCUUACCUCAGUGAUCCUUACUCAAAAAAUGGAUAUGAGCACUUCUAUGAUGCUGACAGUGGAUCUGGUUAUUUGGUCUUGAGGAUAAAGACAGUCCAGCGCACCACUGCAUUUCAGUCCCGGAGAUGCUCAACCACCACAACCUAUAAAGAUGGUCCGAAGAGCAAGAGGGAUUUUCUCCUAACUGACAAGCAACUGUUUGGCGAGGAAUGCCGCGAGGUAAUUUCAAUAUUGAAGCAUACAACCGAUGAAUCGGUUGUCAAAGAGAAAAUGAGGGCAACAUUUCAAUACCAUCAGACACUAGUUCAAGACCAGCAAAACUCCUCAACAGUCCUGGAUGUUUUCCCACGUUUUCUUGAUACACCUGGCUUGAUUGACCAAGACUUUACCAUGAUGUUUGGAGAGGAGGUUUCUGCCAGAUUCUUGGCAAAAUGGCUCACUUACUUCAAACCCAGGAUCCUGGCACACUGCAAGAAUUGUAAUGAGUAUGUUGAGGACCUCUUGUCUGGGCAUCAAUCCUCAGAUGUGUCUGGCUGGGACAUUGACCUGUCAAGCAUCCUACUGCUGGUUCACCUACUUCCCCCUACUGCAAAAGGACCCAAGAAGAGUCCUAAAAUUAGCUCACAUCAAGCAGUCAAACAUGUUGUGAGAUAUUUGAGGAUUGGCGCCAGUGUUGAGAUCUUCCUUGAGAGUUUGGAACCAGGACAGCCCAUCCUCCUGUGUGUCGGUGAACAGAAGAGCAACCUCCAAAGAUUCUAUAUCAUUGUUGACCAUAAGGCCAUCCCUUGCAAGGCUCAGACAUCCCUGGCAGCUUUCGAUGAACUCUUCAAGGCCCACUUCGUCUUCAGUGUUAACUACCAAGAAUCCCUUAACAGCUUCUACACAUUCAUCCAAACCACUGUGUUCAACAUUGAUGUGGGAAGUACCAAGGAAAGUCCCCGUGUGAAGGAGCUCAGAGCAAGACUGCUGAACACAAGUAUCUGAGGUGACACACAUCCUUGGAUGCAAAUAUGUUGAUUUGUUUUAUCUGCAAGUUACACCACAGAAGUUCUUCGUUGCUUUGUCAGCAUUUGAGAUUUUACCAUGGUUUAUAUCCAGGAAAGACAUUGCGUUUGAAAUGUGGACAGCCAGGAUGUUCUUCAUUAAUUUGCACUUAUUCAGGGUUCAAGAAACACCUUAUUCGUUUGCACCGGGACACUGUUUCAACAAAUACUGUUAACAAUAUGGACACUCAAAUAAUAGAUGAGCCUUCAACUUCUAAUGCAGUCUGUACAGACAUUCCAGUAACCAACAAGGUCUCUGUUGACAAGCAUCAUUUGGUAAACAUGUGUGGUUCUGUUGUAGCACAGUUGCAAUCAUCAGGUGUUGCUGAGAGCACUAUCAAUGCAUCAAAGCAUCAAAGCAAUGGUAGGGUCAAUGGAAGAACUUGUAAAUGAUAUUCACAGUCAAGCGAGAGACGCAGUUCUCAACUGUACUUCAGAGAUUCAAGGAACAGACUUUGAAAAAAAGCUAGACAGUUUUGAACAACUACAAAAUCCUUUCUCAGUCUUAAAUACAGGAGCCAAACGACAGAAGUUCUUCAAGGAAAAGUGGGAAAUCGUUGAACCUGUUGAGUAUGUUCUUGGGGUGCGAUUUGAUGUACGUAGAGAUCGAACAACAGGAGUUUACAAUCAGAUCCCUGUAACAGAUAAGUUUGUGUAUGUACCCAUCUUAGGAACCCUGAAGUCUAUGUUCAAAAAUAGUGAAAUAUGUGAAAGUUUUUUGCAGGCCAAACAAGAGGAAGAAGGUAUUUUUAAAGAUAUAUAUAUGAUGGUUCAUACUUGAAAAAAAAUGAAUUGUUUGGCCAGCAAAAACAUGCUUUACAGAUUCAACUGUAUUAUGAUGAUUUCGAGACCGCAAAUCCCUUAGGAUCGAAGAAGGGGAUACACAAACUUGGUUGUAUUUACUUUAUAUUGCGGAACCUGCCGCCAAAAUGCAAUUCUGUGUUGAUGAAUAUUCAUGUUGUGGCACUUUUUCACUCACAAGACCUGAAAAAGUAUGGAUUUGAUGAAAUACUGAAGCCUCUCAUUGAUGAUGUUAAAAAAACUAGAAAAUGAAGGAAUAGAAGUGCCUUUCUCUGACUCACUAUUGCUAGGGUCUGUUAUUUAAGUAACUGGUGAUAACCUUGGUUUACACGGGCUGUUUGGUUAUGUUGAGUCUUUCGCUGCAACAUAUUGUUGUAGAUUUUGUUUAACCACUAAGGAACAGUUUCAAUGUGUCUUCACUGAAGAUCACCCUGGCUUGAUUUUUCGUACAAAAGAAAUCCAUGCAGAACAUUGUUCAGCUCUACACGAAAAUCCUAUGUUGGGGACAACAUUUGGUGUCAAGAAGACAUGCUUGCUCAAUACAUUGCGUUUUUUUCACACCUCUGACAACUAUGCAGUUGACAUCAUGCAUGACUUGCUUGAAGGUGUAGUGCAGUACGAACUGAAACUUGUCUUUCAAUACCUUGUCAAGGAGAAACUUUUAUCUUUGGAAUCACUGUCAGAGAAUUCAAAGUUUUAACUAUGGUUAUACUGAGAGAAGAAACAGGCCAAGUGGGUUGAAAAUGGAUGAGGGCAAAGAUCUUGGAUUGAAUGCUAUUCAGUCAUGGUGCCUUGUGCGAAACGCUCCUCUCAUUUUUGGUGAUCUAGUUGAAAGAAAUAACAGUUAUUGGAACCUGCUCCUCCUCUUGCUUCAAAUCG